AUGGAGGAACAGCUCAUGGAAUACUCGACCAUCUUGGGUGUUUGCGGACAAAGUCAGGACGUAUGCUUCGCCUUUGUGCAGGAUUUGCAGAAGGCGUACGACACGUUCGACGACUCUGAAGCACCUGCUGCGCGGCUCCUCCACUCGAUGAUCAUGGACACGCACCAAGCGGCGACCGCACACACGGACGCAAUGAUUGCGAUCUUCCAGUGGUGCUACCUUGCCGUGCCCUUGCUUACGAUGUACAUCGACCAGCUGCGAAGCGAGCCCAGCGCCGACGCUGCCGCGUAUCUUUCGCUUCUCGAAGUAGGCAAGGACAUGUUGGCCAGGGCCACCAAGAAGCUCAAACUUAGCAAAGACACGCUCAACAAGGUGACCGGUGCCAAGAUAACCCUUCUCACUCGUGUUCGACAAGACUUGAAGGCCGCGCGUGCCAAGCACGAUAGCAACUACAUCACCACGGUCGAGGUCGGCGCCUUUGAGAGCAUUUGGCGCGGCCUCGUCAACAUUGUGGUAUCCGGUGUCGCCGAUACGAAGGCGAAGAUCGAGACGCGCCGCACCCGGAACAACGAGGAGCUAGACGCACAAAUUGUCGCGGUGACUCAACAGAUGGCCGCCGCCAAAGUCGGCGUCAAAUGCGCCGAUGUCGGUGGACGCAAAGCCGACAUCGUGUACACACGUGACGUAAAUGAAGUGAGUACCGUCGAAACCCAGCGCAAGAUCACCGCGGUGUUUCUUGGCAUUCCGAAUGUAGACCGGCAGAUUCAAGUUGCGACCCAGCUUGUCGACAUGUGCAACCUUUUCAUGGCCAGACGCGAGCAGUAUCUUCGGGAUUAG